UUGCUAUAAGACGUGCUUGUUUCUCCUAUCCAGCUGCACGCCCUGAAGGUGUCCCCGUCCCCUCCCUCGUUUUGUUACCUGCACGAAGUGAGGCGCCUUCCGUUGACAACUGUUCACCCGGAGAGCUGAUUUUCGGAUGAGUGCGCGUUCCACACUUGCGAGGACUUUCAAAAAAAAGAAAGAGCUUGAUAGUGAAGAGGUCGCGCGCUCGUGGUGUUUUCACGCGGGCUCCGCACGGAGGUUGGACCGAUGCGCGACCCCGGACCUCCACGUUGAACGGAUUCGUACUAGGUCGGCCUGACGCGCAGUGGAGAGCGGCCGUGACGACUAUGUGGCUUGCGCAAGUCGACCGUUGGUCUGAACCCGCUCGACAAGGUCCACCCGGACGCUCGCUGAUAAACAUUUAAAAAAAAACAAAAUCAAAAAAAAAAAUCUCAAAGCUCGGGGGGAAACAACAACAACAACAACAACAACAAAAAACGGACUCUGAUGCUGAAACCGUAACGCUUGAACACUGAAUCCUCUACUCAAGACGGCAAGUGAAGAUGGGUCCUUGGUGUUUAAUGUAUAUUUCAUUAGACUGGCGUCCAGUCUGAUUAACAUCAUCAGUGAUGUAGUCAGCCUGUGCAUCUGCGUGCUCAUCAUCUGCAGUAAAUACUCACAUCUGCUCAAAAGGGAGACCAUGAAGAUGAUCCUCCUGCGAAAAUUCCGCGUUUUGAUCCUCAUGGUGUUCCUGGUGGCGUGCUCCAUGCACAUCAUGAUAGACUUGCUGCCCAAGCUGGAGAGGCGCGGCGUAGGCGGCUGCUCCUGCUCGCACACGCCCAGCGAGGAGCCUCGCAGCUGGGCCAAGCAAGGCCGGCCAGACAAGCACGCGCUGCGCAUCCUGCAGGACUUCAGCAACGAGCCCAGCACCUCCAACGUCUCGUCCCGUUCCUUGGAGAAAGGCCCCGCCGCGGGAGACAAGUCCCAGGGGUUCGGCAUGCAGCAGCAGUACGGCCAGCGCGGGGACAGGAAGAGGCAGUUCAUCCGGGACGCCGCCGUCAGCGAGAAGACGCCGGCCAAGGGUUCGAGGUUGGCUGCCCUCUUUGAGCAGCCCUUGUAUAAAAGGUCCUGGCCGACACUCACCGAUGAGGACACCCUAUUCAACGUCAACACGGACAUCCGAUUUGACCCUAAAGCAGCGGAACAGGAGUGGAACGGCGAAGGCAAUCCAGAUGAGUUCAGCCCGACCGGAGAGCUGACGGCCGACUCUUAUCCCAACUGGCUGCGCUUCCACAUUGGAAUUAAUCGUUACGAGCUCUACUCCAGACACAAUCCCGUCAUCGACGCUCUGCUGAAGGAUCUCGUCAACCAGAGGAUCACCAGCGUGGCGAUGAAAUCUGGAGGCACUCAGCUCAAGCUCAUUAUGACCUUCCAGAACUACGGACAAGCUCUCUUCAAGCCCAUGAAGCAAACUCGUGAACAAGAGACACCCCCAGACUUCUUCUAUUUCUCCGACUUUGAGAGACACAACGCUGAGAUCGCUGCCUUUCACCUCGACAGGAUUCUGGACUUUCGCCGCGUCCCUCCCGUGGCCGGCAGACUCGUCAACAUGACCAAGGAGAUCCGAGAUGUCACGCGUGACAAAAAGCUGUGGCGGACAUUCUUCGUAUCACCAGCGAACAAUGUGUGUUUCUAUGGGGAAUGUUCGUACUACUGCUCCACGGAGCACGCUCUGUGUGGUAAACCCGACCAGAUUGAAGGAUCCCUGGCCGCCUUCCUCCCGGACCUUGCCCUCGCUAAGCGCAAAACCUGGAGGAACCCGUGGCGACGCUCCUACCACAAACGCAAGAAGGCAGAAUGGGAAGUGGACCCGGACUACUGCGAGGAGGUCAAACAAACUCCGCCCUACGACAGUGGGACCAGACUUCUGGACAUAAUGGACAUGACCAUCUUUGACUUCCUCAUGGGAAACAUGGAUCGGCAUCAUUAUGAGACGUUUGAAAAAUUUGGAAACGAGACUUUCAUCAUCCACCUGGACAACGGCAGGGGGUUUGGGAAACACUCCCAUGAUGAGAAGUCCAUCCUGGUGCCACUGACGCAGUGCUGCAGGGUACGCAAGUCGACCCACUUGCGUCUGCAGCUGCUGGCUAAGGAGGAAUACAAGCUGUCCACACUGGUGGCAGAAUCCCUGGUGAGGGACCGUCUCAGUCCCAUCCUCAUCCAGCCGCACCUGGACGCCAUGGACCGCCGAUUACGCCAGGUUCUGCAGGUGCUGGUUGAAUGCAUUGAAAAGGAGGGCUACGAUUACGUGGUGGAGAACGACCUCCAAGGGAGCCAGUGGACAGACCACAGCGGGCCAAGGCGGAGGUAGCUGGCCUGAGGACCUAGACGCUGCAUGGGACUGGAUUUGGGAGGAUUUCACUUGCCUCCUGAUGCCAAGUGAACGAUUUCAGGCCCAGCUGCCCGAAAGUCACAAACUAGCAGACGCAACAGAACUUGACGCAGGUGACAAAACACGGAUCCUAGGUUGAGCUGGGUUUGGACCAUGUACAUUGAGUUGGACCUCCCCUCGUCACCUCGGCCUCUUGAAAAAAAUAAACACCCACUAUCACCGCAGCCAGACUAACCCACUGCAGCACUAGCAGACCGUGAAAGUCUUGUAAGAGACGCCUUGUCUUUGUCUCCUUCUGGACCUUUUCUUUUGAAUUCAGUGAAUUCUGAGGGACUUGGCGCGACUUUCCAAGCUGAAAAAUGUGUUUCUACGUACUGAUGACAUCCCGAGCAUUCAAUUGAGUUGCCCUGGAGGGAAUCCUGGUUGUUUUUUUUGUCAUCUUAAAGAUCCAAAACAUUAAGUUGUGUUUACAUGAAAAUAUUUUAUGUUAUUUUAUGUCCUCUCACGGCUCUUUGUGGUUUAAAUAUUUUUAAUUGGAGUGCAGGUUAACUCCUGAAUUUGUCUAUUAAUAUUGCCCAUAAAUGUCCAGGAGAGUGUAUUUAUCGAAAACCAUAUUUAUUGUUAGAACGAAAAUAGGCACAAAAUCAGCCUCAAAAACAUCAAAGUGGUGUACUCUCUUAUUUACCCCACAAGAGGGCGCUUAUUGCUGUGUGCAAAACCACAAGUUAUUAGGUCAGGAAAUAUUCAAUAAAUUGGGAGGAACAAAGGUCCGCCUGACUUUGUGUCACUUAACGCCCAACUGCUGUCUUAUUAUUCGUAUCACCUAAUCACCAGCCACUACAUUAGGUACACUUGCACAAUGUACUGAACUCCCAAUACAAGGGCUGUAUCGAAUAUCAGCUUUUAUAUACAGCAGAGAAAAAUGUUCAGUUUUGACUGGCACUAUUCAUUGAACAAUUUGCAUUAAUGUGGUUGGAGUUGACAGUGAUGCAAAACAGCACUGUAUCAUCCUGAGAGGUGUUUCUAACAUUCUGGUUACGCUGCAUGAGAGUGGAAAAAAUAUCAGAACUAUUUCUCUGUAUGUUGCACCACUGUUAUUAUACAACUGUUGAAAAAAAAAAAAAAAAAAAACAUGAAUUAAAAUCAGAGCAUCCUUGUCAAAGCAGAAUUUUGGAUGCGUUACAGUGCGUGUAGGUGUACCUAAUAUUGUGGCCAGUGAGUGUAAAUGGGUUGUAGUACCAAAAAUGUUAAACAAAUCGUUUUGUACUAUUGUUUCUUUGUAAUAUAAUUGGUGUCCAGAUGUUGCUGUCAUGGAGAGAUUAUUUUUGGGGGUGUACAGUACAUUUGAUUCAUUAACAACAGCUUUGACGGCUGAGCUGUUGGUCGAGCCGACGGUUCUGUCAUUGGCUGAAAUUUAAUAUAUACCAUAGAGAAAUCUAGUGCCUGUGCAAUGAUAGAAACUUGAAUGUCUGGUUUCAUACGGCCGAAAGGUUUCAACUUCCUCCCAGAGACGAGUACAGAUGAGAUGGGGGGGGGUCCUUGUAUGAGUGUGUGCUGAUUCCAUCUGUUCCACAAAAAGGUUUUCUACAGUCCUGUGUCAAUACAUUGCGUGUGUGUGUGUCUGUGUGCGUGUGUGUGUGUGUGUGUGUGAGGAUCCA